AUGGGGAAGACGCCGGUACGGAUGAAGGCGGUGGUGUACGCCCUGUCGCCAUUCCAGCAAAAGGUUAUGUCGGGGCUGUGGAAGGACCUGCCCGGCAAGAUCCACCAUAAGUUCUCCGAGAACUGGAUCAGCGCCACCCUUUUACUUACCCCGCUCGUCGGCACCUACUCGUAUGUCGCAGAAUCCCCGCUCAUCCUCGGGUUUAUCUGUGUAUUUAUAAUCUCCGCUUGAAGAUGCUUUGAUUUUCUUCUUAUUCUUUUUUUCAUUGACCCACCCCCAUCAUCGAUUGCAGAUCGAGAUUGAUUUUAUGUGCCAGAAGUUCUGAUCGGUUCGAUUUUACCCGAUAUCAUAUCCCUGAUUUGGUUGAGGACUCACGAUUGGAGUCAUGCUGAUGUAGCGAGCAUCGUGAUUGUCCAGUCGUAAUCCUGACUUUCCGGUUCUUUGGUUUGUAAUACUUGGAAAAUUGAUUUUUUGCCCAUCACUGAUGAGAUGCGUUUCCUUUUACCGAAGAACAUCCGGAGAUUUUGGGUCAUAAGAGAGGAGGAAGACGUAUCCAGCUUCCCAUCGAAUACGAACUUUCAGUGGUCAACAAAGCAGAUACUCGGCAUCUCACUUUCGCCUAUUGUAUGUUAGGAACAUCCAGGACAAUAAAAGCAGAAUCCUUACCAGAGGAAAAUCAUUUCCAAUCAAUGAGGACUUCGUGUCCUCAUUUAUGGGUAGCUGCAUCACAAUGAUACCUGGAAUUAUUCUCAUACGCUGGGAUCGAAAGACUGAGUGCGUUUCGUUUGCAUUCUUAAGGUUUUACUUGGUAUCUUUGAUUAAUGGACAAAUAGUUUCCAGUGUACACAUGUUUGCACACAUUAUUCCAUGAGAUUCAGAUUGAAGGUGAUUGCAGCGUAGAAGGGUAGUUAUUUCUCUUGAAAACUCUUCUACAAUCAUCCCACUUGGUUAGACUUGUGUGUUAAAAUGGAGUUUUUUGAGACAUUUCUGACAUGUCUAGGCUUUGAAUUUUCAAUAUGAUUAAGCAAUCUCUUGAGGAAUUUUGCAUGUUAAAAAAUAAUCCUCAUCAGAAAUAUAAAGAUGUUGACAGGUGUUUUUAAGACCUCUACUUGUAUCACACAUAUGGCCAGAGAUUUAUGUGUAGGCGACGCAUUGACCCGGGAAUGAAGGAAAAUUGUUUGUUGCCUUUACACUUGAAAUAUGCUGAUGAGGAAUGCCUUCAGGAAAAUCGCGGAACUUUGUGCUGGGGUGUAUGGUAGUAAAAAUUAGAGAUUAAUUCAGGGAAUCUCAGCAUGUUGUAUUCACAUGGGAUUUGCAUCAUCUGGUAUUUUUCUAUCUCCUUUGGAGGGCUAGAGUGAGAUGAAUUGUCAAGCCCCUUGACCCUCUCUGUGGGCGUAAUUAAAAAUAGUCACCUCGCAGCUUCAGCAUCAGAGAAGAUAGGAGAUGCCUGUAGCGAAAUAUGACAAAUGGAAAUAUUUUCAUUGGUGAGAGAUUACUCUUACCCUAAUUUGUGGCUAUUUUAGUUGCAUAUGUAGUUUUCAGAUGUAGGUUCUCUACAAGAAACAUUGGAUCAGGGAGUAACAAUACUAUGCAUUGCCACAAAGAGUUUCUGUAGAUGGACGACUUGGAUCAUCUCCUUUUGGCUAUCUUAAUGAGGUGAUGUUCAAUCUUUAAUCAAGAAAAAAAUUGGCGUCCAAGGAGUUCUACUGUUAGUAAUCUGCUAAUUAGAUGUCAGAGGUUUAGACCUGUGGACAACAGAAUGCAAUUCCGGUGCUGUCGGGUUUCAUUAGGUGGCUUACAAUAGGAUAUGCAUAAUUUGGUUGGGGACUUUGAGAUUUUUAAUAUUCCCAGAUGGUAAUUUUUCUGCCACAGGAUCAUGAGACUUCGCAUUCAGUUCUUAAUUUUUCCAUACUGAAAAUUUCUGGAGUUGCGAAGUCAAAUCCUGGAGAUCAGUCCAAACAUUUUUCAUCUCCUCAUCAACAUUACCAAAACCUCCGUAGAAGGUCCCCAUUUACUAGUGACUGAUAUAAUUUUCGGUCCUUGAAAAAAAAAAAAAAAAAAAACCAACCCUGUCCCCUCUUCCACUAGAGGUCAUGUGGUCUUAACCAAAGCUUUAAUCUCGUCUCUAUCUGUUAUUCUGCCGGCGCCCAACUUCAGUCUCAGUUGCUGUCAUGUAUCAACUCAAUUAGCAAAGCUAUGUUGCCUCGUUGAAGAGGAGACAAGAGGCUAGGCCCGUCAGGAUAUUGUUGGAAACACACGCAAAGCUGUUUGGUUAAACAGCAUUAAAAAAAAUAUUAAUGCAGGUUUACUCCCUACAGCUGGUGGGAACUACAGGCUUUUCUGCCAAAUUGCUAUGCUUGUGAUGUGUACCUCUUUAUAACUCUCUGAACUUGGAGCUUCCUUCGAUGAGCAUUUAUUGCAAUGUUGGGAGAAGCAUGUAUGGCUCGAAGUUAGAUUUCUAGAAUCAGUGGAACUCCUUUGGAUGGUUUUCUGGUGAUAAACUAAUAUUUGAAGUGAAUAUAUGCUUUUUUAAUUAUUAUUCUGAUGUGGAAGCUUACCCAAUCAUGGAUUAUCUCAGAUGAAUAUUUGCUUUGAUUUAUUGGGUGUUUAAUUUGCGUGUUUGAGUCAUCAGCGAGAAGGGAGUUCUUACGCUCCUUCCUUGCAGAAUCAUGUAUUCCGAUUUUUUCUUCAUUUAAAAAAUAAAAUAAAACCAUGAUUGUGCUGUGUAAUUUCGGAUUUUAUCAGCCAAUGUCAACUGCUCCGUAGGGCUGUGAUGGGAUGAGGCUGAUCAUGUCUAGUGUGUUCAUGCAGGUACGUUCAAUACUACCAAGAAAAUGAGAAGCUGUCUCACCGGUACUGA